AUGUCAGAUGACGGAUAUGGCGAACUGGCUGAGCUGUACCCAUUGGUGAAAGACAGGAAAUUUGAGGGAGAGACUGAGGGGUUUAAACGGGCUAAGGCAGCAGGUAAAAGGUUCCGCGAAGAGUUUACUAAACUUGGGAAACUCAAGUACGAAAGAGUACUCGGGUUUGGUGGCUUUGGCAUGGUCCAACUUUGGUCACUACUGGACGAUGAUGGCAGGGCUACCGGCCGUAGCGUCGCUGUCAAACUUCCGACACGCGGUGGCAGUCGAAAGCAUGCUGACACAACAAGAUGGGAAAUGCAUUAUAUGGGCUUGGUCUUCCGCAAUUUGGAUCACUUCGUCCAACUCGUCGACGUCGAGAAAAACACGCCAGAAGCACAAAGACUUACCAACAAUAACGCUGUCGCACAGCCUGUACUAGUUAUGGAGGCUCUUCAGAAGUGUAAUCUAUUCGAACUAAUAAGUUGGAUCAACGAAUCAAGAGAGGCGUACGUUCAGGUUCAGGACGAAGGUAGAAUGGAUUUCCCGUUCUUUAUGAAUUGCAAACUUGGAUACGUUCCGAACCGGGUCAUGUGGAAAUUCUUUUGGUGUUUGCUGAAAGGGGUUGUUGGAAUGGCCUACCCGAACGAGGGAAACGCAGGGCUGCCGUCAGUCGACGGUACAUCGGUUCGAGAGAUGAUCCCUCCAGAGGACCCAGACCGCACCCGGCCGGAGCCCUCAACUAUUAUACACUUUGAUCUUGAUCCUCAAAAUGUGCUUGUUGGCGAUUUAGAUAUAUCAGAACACCGCCACAUACCGAAGUUGAAGGCUCGUUCCCUGCUGGUAGCCGAUUUUGGGCUAACGCUGCGGUGGAGAAACCGCUGGAAUGAUCAUAUAAAAACGUCACGCAUCGAACGCGGGAAACCAACAUGGUAUGCGCCGGAACAAAGAAACCCAAUGAGAGCUACGGAUCCGCACUACCAUAUUGGAUGGGAGUUGAAUGUAUGGGCUAUAGGCCUAACCAUGUUUAACCUCCUGACGUUAAGCCACCCGGUUCCAAAUGAGGAUUGGUUCCCCCAGCCACGCGUGGUACAGAGCCCACGCGGUGAUAUAGUGGUAGAGACCUAUGGCUGGUUUCUAAUUCAACCUCCCCCUCCCAAUCCAGCUAUGGCUCCGGACCCAACCAUAUACAUGGAAAGAUAUGACUUCACGCUACGUUCCUUGAUUGCUCGUUGCAUGGCAGAUGACACAAAUGACCGGCCGGAUUUUCAUGAAAUCUGGACCGCUUGUAUGUUAGGAAUCGCAGAAACGGACACCAGGAAAAACUUCAACCAAGAGAAUGCCGCAUUGUUGUCUGUUGGCGGUGAUCACUACGAUCCUAUGAUAGUGCCCGAGGUAGAAUCAGACGAAAUAGUUCACAAGUUCUACCAGGACUAUUUCGUGAACCCUCCGGCAAGGGCAGAUCCAUAUGCCGGCAGGUGGUCCGAUCAGUAGAUGACUGACCACAACCUCUCCGCAAGGCUCAAAGAUGUGGUUUCAUCGGGGGAUUACUUGCUUGUUUAUAUAUUACCCUUGACGCUUAUGAUACACUAGGAGUAUUAGGGUGUGGAUAGAGUUGCUAAAUUUAUACUGUUUCUACCAUUUCUGAGUUCGAAUUGAGCUUGAGGUGAUAUUCUAGGGAGCGAUGAACUUAAGUCUCGAAAAUUUAUUCCAUCUGCAUGAUUCGGAAUGAUAUUGAGAAUAAAGUUGAUAUCAUACAUACGAGUGGUAGGGGAAGUGCUAGCUAUUAGUCAUCUCUAGUCAGGGGUAGAUACAAGAGACUCACUACGAAGAAGCAGGCAACUCUGGCUAUUAACUCCUGGGUUCUUUCAACAACAAGGAAGAAAAUACCCUUUACACAGAACUAAAAGAGCUACUUUCCACUUCCGAAUUGGCCGUUUAUACAGCUCGGGAAAUUGAUGGUAGAAAAAGGGUAUUAUAACCCUGCAACUACCUAGCCAUAUCCCAUCUCAACAAGUGGCAAAUACGCAAAGCCACAGGUAUCCUAAUAAGUGCUCCGUGUAUAAAUUGAUCAUCCUUGCUCCAAAGCGCCAUCUCAACCUGAAUACCCUUCCUGUAAAUUCCAAACGUGUGCCAU